ACAAAAACGUUACAGCCAUGGAAAAGAGCUGUGGGAAGGUAGGGUCUAGAGGCAUCCGUGAAGGACUUCGCUAGCUCGGCUUCUGUUUAGUCACACUUGACAGUUGAACGUUCCCCGCGAGCUCCUCCUCCCCCCCGUCUCCCUCACCUCGCCGCCGCCGGCGCGCUGCGCGCUUUCACGGUUAGUUCCUUGCUCCACGAGUGACGUCCGCUAGGUGCACGGGUGAGUGCCGCCCCCCCCCCCCCGGGCCGUACCCAUGGCUAUGGUCCCCUCGAGCUCGGGCGGUGGGCCGCCCGUGAUUGCGGAGGUGGAGAUGAACAGCGGCGCCGACUCGGGCGCCACCACGGUCCGGGCCACCGUCGUGCAGGCCUCCACCGUGUUCUACGACACCCCCGCCACUCUCGAUAAAGCAGAGAGGUUGAUAGAGGAGGCUGCUGGGUAUGGUUCACAGUUGGUUGUGUUCCCAGAAGCUUUUGUUGGCGGCUAUCCUCGUGGAUCCACAUUUGGUUUUGGGAUCAACAUAACUAUUGGUAAUCCAAAAGACAAGAGCAAGGAUGAAUUUCGAAAGUAUCAUGCUGCUGCCAUAGAUGUACCUGGUCCAGAGGUGACACACUUGGCUGCUAUGGCUGGAAAAUAUAAGAUAUUUUUAGUGAUGGGGGUGAUUGAAAGGGAAGGUUACACACUGUAUUGCUCGGUGCUCUUCUUUGAUCCUCUAGGCCGGUACCUGGGUAAGCACCGCAAGCUCAUGCCAACAGCAUUAGAACGAAUAAUAUGGGGAUUUGGAGAUGGAUCAACAAUUCCUGUUUAUGAUACUCCGCUUGGAAAGAUUGGGGCCCUAAUUUGCUGGGAAAAUAAAAUGCCACUUCUGAGAACAGCAUUAUAUGGUAAAGGUAUCGAGAUAUACUGUGCUCCCACUGCUGAUUCCAGGCAAGUUUGGCAAGCCUCCAUGACUCAUAUUGCCUUAGAGGGGGGAUGCUUUGUCCUGUCAGCAAACCAAUUCUGCCGCAGAAAGGACUAUCCUCCUCCGCCGGAGUAUGUGUUUUCUGGUUUAGGUGAAGAGCCUUCUCCAGACACUGUUGUAUGCCCUGGAGGUAGUGUUAUCAUUUCUCCGUCUGGAGAGGUCUUGGCAGGUCCCAACUACGAAGGGGAGGCGCUGAUUACAGCUGAUCUAGACCUUGGAGAAAUCGCGCGAGCCAAGUUUGAUUUUGAUGUGGUGGGCCACUAUGCUCGACCUGAAGUCUUGAGCCUGGUAGUAAAUGACCAACCGCACCUCCCUGUGUCUUUCACUUCUGCUGCUGAGAAUGAGAAGACUUCAGCCGCAAAGAGUGACAGCACUGCAAGGCUCUACUGAGCGAGACCGUGAGACUCAACCACGAGACUGAUAAUUGUCACUAAAUCGGUGAGUCGUUGGCUCAGAUCACCCACGUCUGACGUUCCCUGUCAUCCCCUGGCUUGUAAAUUGCAUUCCAAAACAAACUGCUGAGGUCUGUAGAGCCUGUCCCUGUUCCUCUUACGCCGUGCCUAAUGGUAUUAAGGUAGUAUCUUGCUCACCCAUCUCGGUAUAAACUUGGUUCCCCUGCAUAUCAAAUCUGAGUAGUGCAUGCAGUGCGCACUUGCAUGGUUUUACUGUCGCCACCUGUGUUACGUUCUGUAAGAAAUAGGCUCAAGUUCAGAUCAGUCUGAACUAGCCUAUCCAUCCGCAUUGCUAAAUGCUGUUUUGGCUUUAUGUGGUAGCCAUAUCAGAAGCAUCACUGUCUGCAUUACAACUCCACCAGUUUGAUUAGAAGCCAGGUUUUAAUUAGCAUGCAUAACUGCAUUUCAAUUCAGGCAACUCGAAAACUGCUUUAGGUAUAUCAUCAUCAGCCUAAAUACCUUUCCGAGUAAGGAGAAGCACAAGAACCCGACGAAGACUUUUUCUGAUUUUAGAUACUCAAGCUGGAGCAGCAACUGUACGUGAUCAGUGAUCAACUGCAUCGUGCAGCCGUGUUCCAUUUGCUCCAUUUCCUCGACGUAAGUUGAACUAUUAUAGUGCGUGUGCCUGUCGCACGGCAUGGAGUCGAACAGCAAGUUGUUCAGUGGCCAGCUUUAGGCAAAUGCGGUGCAGCCAAGCACAAAUGCUCUAGGCAAGCUAGCUAUCUCUAUUUAAGCGACCAAAUUGCAACCACAAUUUCUGCACAUUUACCACCCUUUGAGAGUUUGAGAUCUCCCAUCUUCACUUCCCUUGGCGCCAAAACAUAUAGACAGCCAUGAACCCGCUAAUGACCAUCUUACUGCUUUCCACGCUGCUGCUGUGUCGCCGUGCGGCGGCGUGCUCGCCAUCGCCGGCGCCUGAACCUUUCCGGCAACUCGCUACAAGAAGGGGCCAUCCCAACGGCGCUGGCGAAACGAUGCACCAAGAUCGUGAAGAUUGCUCUGUCCAUCAACAACGUCCAUGGAGAGAACUUGUCAUCACUUAACCGAGUUACCUCCCUGAAUUUAGGACACAACAAACAUGCUCUAUACGGACACAACAUGCUAUACGGUGAGAUGCCAGCUUCCCUCUUCGGGCAAUCUCUCCCAGCUCAAUGACGAACACUCGGCCCAGCGGGCGAACACAGCCAAGAUUCUUUCUGAGGAGCAUGCAUCUUUUCAACCCUCAACGAGCUCGAUGAAUUUAGAGGGACAAUUGGUUAUGCUCCGCCUGAAUGUGGUACUGGAAAUACGGUUUCAACAUCUAUAGCUAUAUGGAAUUCUUGUUCUUGAAAUGAUUACUGGAAGGAGGCCCACAGAUAGUUCAUUUGAGCAAGGAUUCAGCCUUCGCAUGUACGUUGAGCUGUCCCUGAACAGCCGAGUGAUGGACAUUGUCAAUGCGGAGUUGGUAACAGAACUCGAAAAUGUGCCUGCAACAUCACUAACAGGGUUAUCUCCCUGAUUUCGCUACUUAGGCCGGUCUCAAUAGGUUUUAUGGAGGUAUCAUACAUAUUAAUUAGGUGACAUAUCAGUUGCAUGAACUAUGAUGUAUGAGGAGAGAGAGGGAAUUAGUUUCAUGACCAUAAAACCUUUGAGCACCGUUACUAAGUUCUCGGUAACACAGUGAAACUCGUAUUGAUGGGCUUGAGAUGUUUUAUGCAAUCAAACUUUUAGCAGUAAUUAAAUGAUUUAUUUUAUUUA